AGCGUCCACCGGAAGUGCCCCCGCGCAGGCUCACUUCCGCCCGGCAGGUGACAGCCACGGUUCUGGGAGAGCGGCCGGCGUCGGAACGGGCGGACGGACGGACUGAGCGGCCGGCGGAGCAGGCGCGGGGCCGAGACCGCGGACGUCGUGCAGCCCAGCCGAGAGCUCUGCUACCAAUCAAGGGACCAAAAUGACUGACUCCAAGUAUUUCACCACCACCAAGAAAGGGGAGAUCUUCGAGCUGAAGGCAGAGCUCAAUAGCGACAAGAAGGAAAAGAAAAAGGAAGCUGUGAAGAAAGUGAUCGCGUCCAUGACCGUGGGCAAAGACGUCAGUGCCCUCUUCCCUGACGUGGUCAACUGUAUGCAGACUGACAAUCUCGAGCUGAAGAAGCUGGUGUAUCUGUACCUGAUGAAUUAUGCCAAAAGCCAGCCAGACAUGGCCAUCAUGGCCGUCAACACCUUUGUGAAGGAUUGCGAGGAUCCCAACCCCCUGAUCCGGGCCCUGGCCGUGCGGACCAUGGGUUGCAUUCGAGUGGAUAAGAUUACUGAGUACCUGUGUGAGCCUCUCCGCAAGUGCCUGAAAGAUGAGGACCCUUAUGUGCGCAAGACUGCUGCUGUGUGUGUGGCCAAGCUGCAUGACAUCAAUGCCCAGCUGGUGGAGGACCAGGGCUUCCUGGACACCCUCAAGGACCUCAUCUCAGACUCCAACCCCAUGGUGGUGGCCAACGCUGUGGCCGCCCUCUCAGAGAUAGCCGAGUCUCACCCGAGCAGCAACCUCUUGGACCUGAACCCACAGUCAAUCAACAAGCUGCUGACAGCCUUGAAUGAGUGCACAGAAUGGGGGCAGAUCUUCAUCUUGGACUGCCUGGCUAAUUACAUGCCCAAGGACGACCGAGAAGCCCAGAGCAUCUGCGAGCGUGUGACCCCCCGGCUCUCUCACGCCAACUCAGCCGUGGUGCUGUCCGCGGUGAAGGUGCUGAUGAAGUUCAUGGAAAUGCUCUCGAAGGACCUGGACUACUACGGCACGCUCCUCAAGAAGCUGGCACCUCCCCUGGUCACCCUGCUGUCGGCCGAGCCGGAGCUGCAGUACGUGGCCCUGCGCAACAUCAACCUCAUCGUGCAGAAAAGGCCUGAGAUCUUGAAACAUGAGAUGAAGGUCUUUUUCGUCAAGUACAAUGAUCCCAUCUAUGUGAAGCUAGAAAAGCUAGACAUCAUGAUCCGCCUGGCCUCCCAAGCCAACAUUGCCCAGGUGCUAGCAGAACUGAAGGAAUAUGCCACAGAGGUGGACGUGGACUUUGUGCGCAAGGCUGUGCGUGCCAUUGGCCGCUGCGCCAUCAAGGUGGAGCAAUCUGCAGAGCGCUGUGUGAGCACACUGCUGGACCUGAUCCAGACCAAGGUGAACUACGUGGUGCAGGAGGCCAUUGUGGUGAUCAAGGACAUCUUCCGCAAGUACCCCAACAAGUACGAGAGCGUGAUCGCCACCCUGUGUGAGAAUCUGGAUUCCUUGGAUGAGCCAGAGGCGCGAGCGGCCAUGAUAUGGAUCGUGGGCGAGUACGCGGAGCGCAUUGACAAUGCUGAUGAGCUCCUGGAGAGCUUCCUAGAAGGCUUCCAUGAUGAGAGCACCCAGGUCCAGCUCCAGCUGCUGACAGCAAUUGUGAAACUCUUCCUGAAGAAGCCGACGGAGACCCAGGAGCUGGUGCAGCAAGUGCUCAGCCUGGCCACCCAGGACUCUGAUAAUCCUGAUCUGCGAGACCGAGGCUAUAUCUAUUGGCGGCUGCUCUCCACGGACCCCGUGGCAGCCAAGGAGGUGGUCCUGGCCGAGAAGCCGCUGAUCUCAGAGGAGACCGACCUCAUUGAGCCCACGCUUCUCGACGAGCUCAUCUGCUACAUCGGCACGCUAGCCUCAGUCUACCACAAGCCCCCCAGUGCCUUUGUGGAGGGCAGUCGGGGGGUGGUGCAUAAGAGCCUGCCCCCACGCACGGGCUCGAGUGAGAGUGCCGAGAGCCCUGAGGCUGCCCCAACAGGUGCACCCCCCGGGGAGCAGCCGGCUGUCAUCCCUGCCCAAGGAGACCUCCUCGGGGACCUGCUCAACCUGGACCUGGGCCCCCCUGUCAGUGGGCCCCCACUGACCACAGCCCCUGUCCAGAUGGGGACUGUGGACCUGCUUGGGGGAGGUCUGGACAGCCUGAUGGGCGAUGAGACUGAAGGGCCUAGAGGUGAUGUGAGUGGCAGCCCUGCAAUGGGUGGCACCAAUUUUGCUGCCCCCUCCGCAGGGACGAUGUCAGCCAACCUGGGUGCCCCCAUUGGCGGUGGCUUGGGUGACCUCUUUGACCUGAACAGUGGAGUGGGAUCGCUGUCAGGCUCCUACGUGGCCCCAAAAGCAGUCUGGCUCCCUGCCAUGAAAGCCAAAGGCCUGGAGAUCUCAGGGACUUUCACCCGCCAGGUGGGCUCCAUCUCCAUGGACCUCCUGCUGACUAACAAGGCCCUGCAGGUCAUGUCUGACUUUGCCAUCCAGUUCAACCGCAACAGCUUUGGCCUGGCCCCCGCGGCUCCCCUCCAAGUACAUGCCCCACUCAGUCCCAACCAGACAGUGGAGAUCUCCCUCCCUCUGAACACUGUGGGUUCUGUCAUGAAGAUGGACCCUCUGAACAACCUCCAGGUGGCCGUGAAGAACAACAUUGAUGUGUUCUACUUCAGCACCUUGUACCCGCUGCACAUCCUCUUUGUGGAAGACGGGAAGAUGGAGCGGCAGAUGUUCCUGGCCACAUGGAAGGACAUUCCCAAUGAGAACGAGGCCCAGUUCCAGAUCAAAGACUGCCCCCUCAAUGCAGAGGCCGUGAGCAGCAAACUGCAGGCCAGUAACAUCUUCACUAUCGCGAAGAGGAAUGUGGAGGGCCAGGACAUGCUGUACCAGUCCUUGAAGCUCACCAAUGGCAUCUGGGUCCUGGCCGAGCUUCGCAUCCAGCCUGGCAACCCCAACUUCACGCUGUCCCUGAAGUGCCGAGCCCCGGAGGUAUCUCAGCAUGUCUACCAGGCAUACGAGACCAUCCUCAAGAACUGAUGGUCUCCUCCCCUUCCCCUGUCCCUCCUACCCCUCCUCCCCCAGGGCGAGGUGAUGGCAUCUCUUCUCAUCAAAGGGGUCCAGGGAUGCUGAGUCUGCUCAGGCCUCAGGCUUCCCAGAGAAGGAGGAGGACACACACAGUGGGGGCCAUGUCUGCGAACUGGAAUUGUGCCCUCCUGCCACUACAGAGAUUUAGUGGGGGAACACAAAGAGGGAGCUGAGGUCCGGAAGCACUGGGGCCUCCUGGCUUGGGCCGGAGCCUAGUAUUGUUCUCCCUAGUUCAGACCCCAAACAGACCCUGGGAAGACCCUUUGUCUCUUGGGUUUUUUCUUGACUAUAUCUAUCAGAGAACCAGCGUCUGGGCCCUAGCUAGAGGGGUGUCUGUUUUUAGGAAGGCGCUCCCUCAGCCGGGGAGUGGGGAGGUGGGGACAGGAGGGAGGGGCCCUCAGCCCUACAGCAUUUCCUCCUUCCCCACGUUUGCUUUGGCUGAAACCUCCCACAUUUCAUUCCACUGGGCCUCGAAGGCCCUUGGACUGCUGCUUGUCCCAUCCUCCUCCUCUGCCUUCCUCAGAUCCCACCACGGGUGCUCAUGGGUUUGGAAAUCCUCCCCAUCCCCCCACCGGAAGCUGCAGCCACUGUCCCCUGAGCCCUUCUCCCCUUUGGGGGGGGCCUCCCUCUGCAGGAGGAGCCCCCUGACUGCUACAGCCCAGCCAGGCCCCAGGAAGCUCCUGACCUGGAACAGCUGGCUCCUAGAGCAUCCCAGGCCGCAGGGCUGAGCCUGGGGGUGGCUUUGUCUGCUGCCACCAUCCCCUAGGCUCCUGAGGCUUGGCCAGUGGCUCUCGCUGGAGCUUGGGGUGUUUUUCCUGCUGUUUGUUAAUAAAGAAUUACCGCUUUGGGCAGCUGGUGACACUAAUUUUUUUUUCUCCCCUAUCCCCCCCCCAAAUAAAGACAGAGUUCAAAUCAAUUCUACCAGAAGGGCUGGUGUAAGUCUCCAGCCCUUGCAGUAAGUGUAUCUAAUAUAUAUAAAUAAGAGGCAUAUAUAUUGUAUGUUUACUCGUGUUUUCAGAAAGAGGGAAGCAAUAAAAGUGACAUCUUCCAUCA